AUUGAAAUAAAAACAAUUAAAGAGAGAGAAAUAAAAUAUCUUCCUCUCAAUGAAAGCCGUUGAAUUUUCUCACCCAACCCACGGAUCUCGAGAUUCUCUAUAUUCCGUUUCACAACUCGAUAAAAAUCCCAACCAAUCACAGCUCCCCACCAAACGCCAUCUCCCUGCGGGACCCACACUUAAACCAAUCUCAGAAAACCCCCGCCGGCGGGCCCCCUCGGCGUACACUCAAGAAGUUUAAAACCCCCCUCUGUAGAUCACAGUUGCUCCACCACAGUUCCUCACUCUCUCAACCCCUUUCCCUCAUCGGAGAACGUCUCGCCGAACCAUGGCUCGCGCCCUGUUGCUGCUCGCACUUGGGGUUCUGGUCGCCUGCGCCGCCGGCGCGCAAGGCAGAUCGGAGCUCCUCGCCGACGAAAACCCGAUCAGGCAAGUCGUCGAUGGCCUGCACGAGCUCGAGAACUCUAUUCUCCGGAUCGUUGGGAGCUCGCGGCGCGCCCUCUCCUUUGCUCGCUUUGCUCAUAGGUACGGGAAGAAAUACGAGAGUGCUGCGGAGGUGCAGAGGAGAUUCGAGAUAUUUGCAGAGAAUCUGAAGAUGAUCAGGUCGCAUAACAGGAAGGGUCUCUCUUACACUAUGGGAGUCAAUGCUUUUGCUGACAUGACUUGGGAUGAGUUCCGCAAGCAUCGUUUGGGAGCAGCUCAAAACUGCUCUGCUACCAUGAUAGGCAAUCACAAGCUCACUGAUGUUGUGCUUCCAGAAUCGAAAGACUGGAGAACAACUGGCAUAGUAAGCCCCGUCAAAGAUCAAGGUAGUUGCGGAUCUUGCUGGACAUUCAGCACGACUGGAGCUCUUGAGGCGGCUUACGCUCAAGCAUUUGGUAGAGGUAUUUCUCUGUCUGAGCAGCAGCUCGUGGACUGUGCAGGAGCUUUCAACAACUUCGGGUGCAAUGGCGGACUUCCGUCUCAAGCCUUUGAAUACAUCAAGUACAAUGGUGGGCUUGAGACAGAGGGUGCUUACCCGUAUACUGGGAAAGACGGUGCCUGCAAAUUCUCGUCCGCAAAUGUGGGUGUCCAAGUGCUCGACUCUGUAAACAUCACCCUGAUUGUACUAGAAAACACAGGCGCUGAAGAUGAGUUGAAGCAUGCUGUGGCGUUUUCUCGUCCCGUGAGUGUGGCUUUUGAGGUGGUUGAUGGUUUUAAGUUGUACAAAGAAGGGGUUUACACUAGCACUAAGUGUGGCAGCUCCCCUAUGGAUGUGAACCAUGCUGUCCUUGCUGUUGGUUAUGGAGUCGAAAACGGUAUCCCAUAUUGGCUCAUUAAGAACUCAUGGGGCGUUGAAUGGGGUGAUAACGGCUAUUUCAAAAUGGAAAUGGGCAAGAACAUGUGUGGCAUUGCCACCUGUGCUUCCUACCCAAUUGUCGCUCAUUACUGCAAAGGGGCGCACGGAACUUCUGAUGCCGUUUGCUUGUAAAUCGAUAAUAUCCUGUCAAGAGUCGUCGUGGCGUACAAAACAGUAGUAUGAUUGUGCAAAAUAAGAUCCAAGAAAAAUGGGGGGAACUACAUAUUGCAUGAGAUUAUAGUCUGUGUGCUUAAAUGGCGCUGUGUAAGUUAUCUUGAAUGCCUGAUGGAUUAUUGUACAACACUAGAAGAAAUACUAUCGUAUUAUUUCUUAUUAGUUUUCUUGGUUUGCUUUGUGCACAUGCAUAUUUGUUCUAGAACUUUCUGGGGCAUCAUUUUGAGCCAAGGAAAGUGUAUUACAUGAUUGACUAAAAAACACUAAUGACAACACGAUUACCAUCCAAUUGAUAAUUUUUUAACACAAAUUCUUUUGUCAUCUGCCUUAAUCAUUAGAUGGAUCACUUGUUAUACCGUUAAAAAAAAAUGCUAUCAAAUAUCAUAAUGUUGGUUAUUUUUACAUUUUA